UUAUUGGAAAAAAUAAUCUAUUCUAUUGUGAUUGUGCUAAUGAUUCAUUCUGUGAGGUGUGAGAGCAUUACAUCUUUAAAUUAAAUUGGACAAUUGAUUGGCUCUAACUAAUGUUUUAUAUUAUACAUUAACUUUAAUUAAAAUUAUUAUUAUAGUGAUUUUUGUUGUUUCGAAUUCCCUUUCACAAUGCCGGCAUAUCAUUCGACACUAGUAGAUUACACUCAAUCAAUUGGAAACCUAGCGUUAUUGCCUAUACGUACCACUUAUCGUGGCCCGGCACCGAUGAAUCCCAAGCUAGAACUAGAUGUUAUUGACGAAGCACUCAACUACUUCAAGGCUAAUGUAUUUUUUAGAUUUUAUGAGAUUAAGGUAAGUAAUAAUUUAAAAUUAAAAUUUUUGUACAGCCGACUUCAGUAUAAGUUAUUAAGAAUAACUCAAAAACUAUUCGUCUGACCUUGAUCAAAUUUAUAUGGGACCACACGAGAACUACCAGCUUUCAAACAAAAAAGAAUCAUUGAAAUCGGUUCACCCAGUAAAAAGUUAUGAGGUAACACACUUAAAAAAGAACAUACAGUCGAAUUGAGUACCGUCUCCAGUUUGGAAGUCUGCAGAAAAGUGGUUGCAAUUGCAAUAGUUAUUAAAUUUUGUUUGUUUUAAGUAAAAUUACAGCUUGAAAAUUACUAAAAUAAAUAUGAGAAAAAGACAUUUUUCACUUAAAAAUAGAACCUCAAACAGUAUCAAUGGGGUUCAGUUUUAUAUAUUUUAUCUUGAUAAAAAAGGGUGAAAUGCUAUUACAAUGCUAGUAAGAGAGGUUAUGCUAUGAUGAAAUUUAUUACCAUAGUACAGCAAAUUCUGCUACAAGGGCUAAUUACCUGUUAACAAUAGUAAUUUUUGUUUAUUAUUUUAUAGAAUAAGAGAGAUAAGUGAGCACACAGUCCACCUGAUGGUAAGUGGAUGCUGUGGCCUCUUGACAUCCACAUUUAUUCUCUAUUCAGAAUUAAAUGUAGAGGUAUUAACACCUAGAGAAUUAGGAUGGUGUUCUGUGAGAGCGUGGUCCUUUCCCGGUCGAGCUGACUCAUUUGUGCUACAACUAUACUAUUAAUAUAGCUGCAGCAUGGCUCUACCACAUAUAUUACACCCACUAAACUGUUUUAGUUUGAAAUGUAAAAGAGCCAGUAUAAUAGCAAUAUGUGAGGCAUUUCAUUUUAGUCCUGAAGUGUGAAAAUACAUCUAUAUUUUAUUUUGUCAGUUCCAAGUGUUCAGAAGCUACAGUAUCCACUUACCAUCCACUGGAUGGAUAGCUUGUUUGUCACUCCAAUAUUUAAAAUUAAAACACUUGACAGGAGGUUCGGCAGUUAUAGAAAUGGAUCAUAAUAUGCAAGUUGCUAAAUUCAUGACCUUCUCCUUGUUAGAUUUUAGUUAAAAGUUUAUAGAAGUCAGUUAUAGUUAUAUUGGUUUGAAGUUGUAUUUAGAACUUGUAUGAUGCUUGCAAUUAUUACUGAACACACUAUGAACAAAUAAUUUGAAGGAAUUAGUAAGGAAUUUUAACGGUGGUAGAGCCACGCAGCAGUUUUUGCUGUUGCAUGUAUGGGCCGGCUCGAGCCGGGUUGGUACCACGACCUCACAGAAUACCGGCGUGAAGUAGAAGCUUUGCUUCUGCGUUUCGUCUGGUGAGUGCAGGUGGCCGGAGGCCCAAUUCCCCCCCCAUCAACAUGGUAGCGGAAUUACACGAAGAACUACCCCAGGAGGGUACCAGCACCCCUGGAGAAUCCCUCGCUGAGCAUCCACGACCAUGUUAUUCCGAUCCUGAGCGUGGGUGCUCAGGCUGCCCCGCGUAUUCUGGGGGGGGCAAAAUUCCGCUCAAAAGCAUUACUGCUAGGGGCAAACUGAGCAAGAACACCAAGGCGACCCCUGCCACGCUAUCCGUGAAUUUCUGCAACAUCAGGGGACUUCACUCUAACCUAAACGCCGUCCACUACCAUCUCGAGACGGCAAAGCCGGCCUUGCUCUUUCUGACCGAGACGCAGGUUUCCUCUCCGGCUGAUAUUUCGUAUCUCUCCUACCCGGGGUACAAACUGGAACAUUCCAUUGUGCCUCGGGCUGGAGUUUGCGUGUAUGUCAGAGAGGACAUCUGUUCUCGAUGCCUCGGCAGUCUUGAAGGUUCGGACCUGUCCAUCCUUUGGCUACGCGUAGACAGCGACGACCAUCCGCGCGUCUACGGGUGCCUCUAUAGGUCCCAUAGCGGUAAUGCCGAAACAGACCGACUCAUCGACCACGUCAAAAUGGCUACAGAUUUCUUGCUACAACAGGUCCCAUCCGCAGAGAUCGUGAUCCUUGGCGAUUUUAACGCCCACCAUGCCGAGCCGAACCGAGCCAUUUCGGUUCACGUCUAACCGAUCAUGCGGGGAGAUCUGUUUAUGACUUUGCCUUGGCAUAUGGUCUGACACAACUGGUUACUUUGCCUACGCGGAUUCCAGAUGUGGAGGAUCAUACACCUUCCCUGUUGGACCUUCUGCUGACCUCUCAUCCGGACGGAUAUCUGGUUUCCGUCGAUGCCCCUCUCGGCUCUUCGGACCAUUGUCUGAUCCGGAGUGUGGUGCCACUCACGCUCCCUUCGCGGUUGCGUUCUGCAGGUUGCCGCCGUGUUUGGCAUUACAGAUCGGCGGAUUGGGACGGAAUGCGGUCCUUCUUUGCAUCCUACCCAUGGGGGCGGGUUUGCUUCACCGGAUGAUCCCAGCGCUGUUGCUGACUCUGUCACUGAUGUGGUGCUACAGGGAAUGGAACUAUUUAUUCCAUCAUCUGUGGUACCCAUCGGAUGCAGAUCUCAGCCUUGGUUUGGUCGCUCCUGUAAGACUGCAUUACGCAGUAAGCAGGAGUGUUAUCAAGCCUGGGCUGCGGCUUCGGCGACUCGGGAUGUAAAUACCAGCACACUUCAAAAGAAGUAUAACUUCGCCUCCAGGUCCUUCAAAAGAGUUAUUGCCAAGGCAAAGUCAGAGCACAUAGGCAGAAUUGGCGAGAAACUAGUUCGCCUUCCUUCGGGAACCCGUGCAUUCUGGUCUCUCGCCAAGGCUGUCCAAGGAAAUUUCUGUAAGUCAUCACUACCAUCUCUGCACAGGGAGGAUGACUCACUGGCCCAUGACGCAAAAGACAAAGCCGACCUUUUAGGCUCCCUUUUUGCGUCCAACUCGACUCUUGAUGACGGGGGGAAAACACCGCCGACCAUCCCGCGGUGUGACUGCUCCAUGCCGGAUGUGCUGUUCUCACAGCGUUCGGUUCGCAAAGCACUGCUCUCCCUGGACAUCCAGAAGUCGAGUGGGCCUGACGGAAUCCCCCCAAUUGUGCUGAGGACGUGUGCUCCGGAGUUGGCACCGGUCCUAACGCGUCUUUUCCGGUACUCCUACUCCCAAGGCGUAGUCCCGAAUUCAUGGAAGACAGCUUUUGUCCACCCGAUCCCUAAAAAAGGCGACCGCUCAGACCCAUCCAACUAUAGGCCUAUCGCGAUCACCUCCUUGUUCUCCAAAAUAAUGGAAUCCAUUAUUAACUGCCAGCUCAUCCGGUACCUUGAGGAUCACCAGCUGAUUAGUGACCGCCAAUACGGUUUUCGUCGGGGUCGAUCAGCUGGUGAUCUUCUGGUCUACCUGACCCAUAGAUGGGCGGAGGCAGUAGAGUCCAAGGGGGAGGCGUUGGCCGUUAGUCUGGACAUUGCGAAGGCCUUCGAUCGGGUUUGGCACAAAGCGCUUCUUUCGAAGCUCCCUUCCUAUGGGCUUCCCGAGAAAUUGUGCAAUUGGAUUACCAGCUUCCUUGCAGAUCGGAGCAUCAAGGUCGUUGUAGACGGUGCAUGCUCUGACUACAAGCCUAUUAACGCUGGUGUUCCACAAGGCUGUGUGCUAUCACCAACGCUGUUUCUUCUGCAUAUCAAUGAUAUGUUGCUAACUGGUAACAUUCAUUGCUAUGCGGAUGACAGCACUGGUGAUGCUCUAUACACCGGCCGUGCCAAUAUUUCUCGGGAAAACGUCGCUGAGUACCGGAACAAACUUGUGUCUGAAGUCGAGUCUUUGCUGAACAAAGUCUCGGAUUGGGGGCGACUAAAUCUAGUCCAAUUUAAUCCUCAGAAGACACAAGUUUGCGCGUUUACCGCUAAAAAGAACCCCUUUGUCGUAUCUCCUCAGUUUCAAGGCACUCCCCUUCUUGCCUCAGCCAGUAUCGGUAUCCUCGGAGUCGACAUAUCGAGUGACGUGCAGUUUCGUGGUCACUUGGAAGGGAAGGCCAAAUUGGCCUCUAAAAAGCUUGGCGUGCUCAGCAGAGCGGGACAGUAUUUCAUGCCGGCACACCGCCUGCUACUUUACAAGGCGCAAGUUCGGCCUCACAUGGAAUACUGUUCCCAUCUCUGGGCAGGGGCUCCCCAGUGCCAGCUCCUUCCACUUGACCGCAUCCAACGCAGAGCGGCUCGAAUUGUCGACGACCGAGCCCUUUCCGAUCGGCUCGAUUCAUUGGCACUGCGAAGAGAUGUUGCAUCCCUUUGCAUUUUCUUUCGCAUCUACCAUGGGGAGUGCUCUGAGGAAUUGUUCGGAUUAAUCCCAGCCGCCAAAUUUCACGAACGCACAUCGCGGCAGAACUCCCGAUACCAUCCACACCAUCUGGAUGAUUGGCGGUCCACCACUGUGCGAUUUAGAAGAUGUUUUCUUCCUCGCACGACCUCCUUAUGGAAUCGAUUACCAUCAGCGAUUUUUCCGGACCGAUACGACUUAGGGACCUUCAAGAAAAGAGCGUACUCCUUUUUAAAAGGCCGGCAACGCAUCUGCGAUUCCCCUGGUGUUGCAGUUGUUCAUGGGCGGCGGUAGUCACUUACCAUCAGGUGAGCCGCAUGCUCGUUUGCCCCCUCUCCUAUAAAAAAAAAAAAAAAAGAAUGUCAGUGCCUAUUAUGUGCACUGUAUAUUGUAAUAGAUUCUGAAAUGGUUGCUAGAUUUAUUAUCACUUACAUAGUUAAUUUCAGUAUUAUUUCCAUACUGUCUUUUUCUAUUGUCAUUUAGUAAAGAGGUUAACAUUGAUUUUUAUGAGUAAUGCUAUUAAUUUUUACUAUUAAUUAGUAAUUUCUAAUAAUAUCAAUUGCAUUGCAGUCAGAUGCAGAUAGAGUCCUCAUAUACUUAACUUUGUACAUCUCGGAAUGCUUGAAAAGAUUGCAGAAAUGCUCCAAUAAAAAUCAGGGCCAGCAAGAGAUGUAUAUGCUUGCUAUUUCAAAAUUCGACAUUCCAGGGGAGCCAGGUUUUCCUUUAAAUUCAGUUUAUGCUAAGCCUUCCAGUCCUCAGGAAGCUGGUUUGUAGUAAAUGUUAAGAUAUUCCUUAUUUAAUUUUUUAAAUAGCCAACAAAAUUCUUACCAUCUUAAUAAUAUUUCAGAUUUAAUGAGACAGUAUUUACAACAACUGAGACAUGAAACAGGCAAUAGGGUUUGUGAGAAGGUAUUUGCAACAGAAGAUGGGAAGCCCAGUAAGUGGUGGCUUUGUUUCGCUAAAAGGAAAUUCAUGGACAAGUCUCUUUCGGGUCCAGGCCAGUAAUUUUAAGAAUUGAUAAUGUUAAGCGGUUAACAAUCAUAAUUUUUUUUAUUGUUUUGAAUUAUGCUGAACUGUUGACAUGUUCGUUUUUUACAGUGUUUGUAACCGUUUUGUCAUUAUUAAAUAUGUUUAUUCUAAAACUUGGUAAAGUAUAUCAUAAAAAUAGUAUUGUAACUUUAAAUAUUUAAUUUCAUUAUCGGAUCAAAUACAUUAUCUAGCAU